AUAAUUUCUUAUAUUUCGCAAAUUCAGUAUGCCACAAAGUGUCGACACCAUCGAUGUGUUUAUAAGCAAAAAGCCUCUCGUUUCUUCUCUAUUCGUUUACGAAAUUGGGUUAUCGUUGAAAAGAUGGAGUGGUCAAUAUGUGAAAUAUAAAUAGAAAUAUAUGCUAUUAUUAAGAUGUUUUAAAUUUGAUUUUAAUUUGUUAUAAUGAUAUUGUAGAAUUCAAAUUUAUAUAAUUAUUUGUAAAAUUGUUAAAAAGAAUUAGAAUUUCUGACAUAUAUUGUGCUCCAAUCACGGAAGAACCAUUAUGUUGUGUCAACGUAAUCGACGGCAGCACUGACGCCUCUUCAGUAAUUAACCAAACAAAAUGGACACCAAGAUAACGAUUAAGCGAACAUUCGUGCAGUAGAUUUACAUGGAAUGACCAGGAGAAUGGGAUUAACGUGUACACUACAAGGCGAAGAGUCCUGCAGCAUAGACAUGGACUCGUACGAUUUGUUUGGUGAAGAUGUUAGUGGCUCGAUGCUUGAUGCUCUUCCUGACCUCGGGGGGAACGAUCAUUUUGUUGACCCUGCAGGCACAACUAAUUCUGUGGUAGUAUCUAGAGAUGGUUCAAACCCUGGUGUUAAUGGAGGAGGGAGUUAUAUUAGUCAAUCUUAUAUAUCUCAAGAAUCUCCGCUUCAAAAAUUAAGUACGUUUGGUGGAUCUGAUUUUGGGAAUUCUAAUCAAUUGCAAAAUCCACCACAACGCAACAUGUUUAAUCAAAAUCUUGGUACGUUUGAUAAUGGUGCACCACAGCGUGCUAUGGUGCCAGGAGCAUUUCAAAAUCAAGCUCGAAAUAUAGCACCACAACAUAGAGGGCCUCAUCCUGGUAGUGGAGGACAAUAUCCUAACUAUAAUGAUAAUAUGUAUUCAAUGGAGCAACAACAUUCAAUGACUAGAGCAAAUAUGUCUCUAGAUCCAAGUAUGCAAGGUUGGCCAGGCAGUGGAGGCGCUUAUCCACAAAUGCAAAGACAUUAUAAUCAGAUGGCACCACAACCUGGUACUUAUCGACAACAUAUACCUCCACAGUAUUCUCAUCAGCAAGAUCAAAGUGGAGUGAUGAAUCAGAAAUUACAGCAGCAACAACAUUUUAGUAAUCAGCAAAAUAUGAUAGGAAAUAUGGGUGUGCCACAUCAAGCAAUGCAAGCUGGCGGAACAGGUAGUGUUUAUCAACAUAUGGUUGGACAACAGCAACAUUAUCAGCAAGGAAAUUCCGUCACAAUGUAUCAAACGUCUCCUGGAUAUCCAGGCUUUGCUUCAGCUAUUCAUCAACAGCAACAACAACAGCAGCAGCAGCAGCAGCAACAGCAGCAGCAACAGCAACAGCAGCAGCAGCAACAACAAACUCAACAACCACAACAAAGGAUGCCACAUCAUCACCCCUCUCAUCCAACUCAUCAAGGACAUCCUUCACAUCCUCAGCAGUAUCCCCAACAUUCACAACAUCCUAACACACAACAGCAACAACCAAUAGAUUCUCAAUAUUCUCAUCAUGCAACAUCAAUGUUUAAUCAGCCUCAACAUUCUGGACCAACAACACAAUUUGGUACAGCAAAACACGCUACAAGUCCUCAAUAUCGUGCAGCUUUUCCACAAUUGUCACCACAAAUGUCACCUAGACCUCAGAUGUCGCCACGGCCACCAGCAGUACAACAACAAAUGUCUCCUAGACCUAUUAUGUCACCAGCUAAACCUAAUACAUUAUCUCCACAUCCACAUGUUCAACUUCCACAUCAACAAUCAAAUCAAGCUGGGACAAUGUCUGUGUCACCUUGUCCUCCAGCUUCAAUACAGAUGAAUCCAACAUCGCAACAAACUACUCUUCAAGCAUUGGAACAAAUGGUGAUUCCGGGCGUUACUGUAUCAAAUUCGAAUGUUUCAAAUCAAGAUUAUAAUCAAUUUCAAACACGUCCAUCAAUGUCACAGACACCAAAUGUUUUACCUCAAUCUACUGCACAAAGUUCUAUGUCACCAGUCGCAGGUCCUAGAAUGCCUAUGCCAACCCAAUGGUCGCAUCCACAACAACAACCGCAACAAAUAAGGCAAAAUGUGAAUGAAGAUAGAAGUAUAGUAGAAACUCAACCUCCAAUAUCUGAACAAAAUCCGUCAAUAUUUCCAGUAACUGGAACAGAAGCUAUUCAUAGUGUUACAGAAACUACAGUUAGAGAUUCUACAGUACCUCCAGAUUCUGUUCAUAAUACAAUUGAAUCUUCAAAAUCAGAGAAUGAAACAUUACAUCAAAAUGUUCAAGAACAACAAGAUGUGCUUAGUCAACAAGCUGAUUUGAUGCAAAAUAGUUCACAAAAUAAUUCGCCUUUGGAGCAUACAUCUACCAAAAUGCCUCAAGAAACUGUACAAUCCUUACCAACUUCUAGUACAAAUGGAAAUGCGGAUUGUUCAAAUAUUUCAACAUUAUCUCAACAACAAUUGACACAAAGUCAAGUUCAGACUCCUGUUUCUACAAUUGAGAAUCAGAAUACAUGUGAUAAGAAACCAAAUGAUCAACAUUUAGAAUUGACUCCAGUAAAUUGUCCAACCAAUAGUAGUGCAACUGCACACCCUCAACCAUCUGCAGUUACUAACCAAACAGCGCAACAGCAGCAACAUAAUCAACAACAACCUAUUAAUUGUCCGCAAUCAGUACAACAACAACAACCAGUACAACAACUUCAUAUGAAUCAACCACAAGUAGUAUCGUCACAACAAUCUCCAGUACAGUCUCAACAAUCGCUGCAGUCUUCACAACAACCGCAAAUGAAUCAAGUACAACAAUCUCAAACAAGUCAACAAUCAUCUCCUCAACAGCAAUUGCAACAAAUAAAUACUUCUCAACAACAACCAUCAAUUACUCAGUCUCAACAAUCUUCGAUAUCACAGUCACAGAAUUCACAACCUCAAAUGGUACAGCCACCACCACCACCACCAUCACAACCAGCUUCAAGUUGCAUCAAUCAGGUUCAGUCAACACAGCAAUCUCAAUCGCAUAUGACUUCACAAGUCAGUAUAAUUCCUCAAAAUCCACCAUUAGUGUCAUCUCAGAUAUCACAGAUUCAGGCCCCUUUACAAAACUCAGCUUCUCAGUUGCAAAAUCAGACUAAUCAAGUUCCACCUACACAUCAACAACAAAUUCCUACAGUUAAUCAAAGCAAUAAUAUUGCAUUACCAUCUCAUCAAACCGCAGUAUCGGUGCCAAAUACACAAACUUCACAUCAAGUGCAACAAAAUUUUACAGAAUAUACAAAUAUUCAAAAGAAUAAUAUUUAUUCAAAUGAGGUGCUAGUGGGUUCUGGUCAACAGUAUCCUUCUGGUGAUAUAAUUAGCGGUAGUACCAUGCCAAAUAUGUUUAACAUGCCGUCAAAUCCAACAUCAACAGCAGUUACAUCUGCUGGUUUUGGUAAUUCAUGUACUCCAGUUACACACCAUCAAGAAAGAGCUGCAUUACAACAGCAAUUGCAAGAAUUAUAUUGCAUGCCUCCAGUAACUGAAAAUCAAGAAAAAAUUGUUUCUAUUCAAGAAAAAUUGCAAGCUCUACAACAACAUGAGACUAAUGACCAAUGUAAUGGUGGACAACAAUGUAUACUGCAAACUCCAAUGUUUACAGCAGCUGUUGUCGAUAGUCCACAGGUUUCAAGUACUACUGGUCGAGGUCGUAGCAAAGGCACUCCUAGAGCUAAAAAAAGUAGAAAGAAAGCUGAUAAAGAGGCAGUUACCCCUGCACCAAUAACUCAGCAACAGCCAGAGCAACCAUUAUCAGAUAAUCAAGUAACUCCCGGAGAUAGUAGCAAUAUUGUCGAUAGCGCAGCAGAUUCUGAAGAUAUUAAACCAUCUUCUGGUGAUAUAGAAGAAGAGUGGAGUAAAGGCAGAAAAUCGCGACCUCCUGCUAGAAAACCACGUAAACCAAAGGAGCCAAAGGAACCAAAAGAACCAAAAGAGCCAAAAGAGCCAAAAGUUAAGAAAGAACCAAAACCACCAAAGGAAGCUAAAUCCCCGAAAGCACCAAGAAAGAGAAAUAAGGACAAAGAUUCAACAAAACGUAAUAGAAAAAAAACUAAUCAUUCUGAAUCAGCUGAUGAUGAAGUUGCACAAGAAAAUGAGGAAACCGCAGUUUCUGAUUCAAGUGCAGUUAAAGAAUCAGAUACAAAACCAUCUGAACCGUCCACUCAAAGUGACCAAGAGCAAGUACAUUCUUCAACUACCGAGCCAUUGGUAACUGAAACAAAAGAUCAAAAUAAACAAAAAGAUUCAGAAGACAGUCCAGCAGAUGAAAAGAAAGAAGAAAAUUCAGAUGCUGGCACAGUAACAGAAACUGCUACACCUAAUAAGAAAAAAGCUGCUGCUCGUAAAAGAUCAGUUGGAAAAGUUUCAUUAGGGAAAUCACCUAGAAGUUCGAAAAAACGAAAAAGUCGAAUUGCGCCUGAUUCUGAUGGUGAAGAACUAGCCGCAACGCCUCCGCCAUCACCAGAAGCUGGAGAUGAUAAUAAAAGGCGUUCAGCGAGAAAUACGCAUCGUAAGAAAUAUGUGGACGAUGUAAUGCUUAGAUUUUCAGAUGAUGAUGUACCCCUUCAAGAUGCUCAACUCUCCAAAAAAAUAGAGGGAACAAGCACUGCAAAACCUGUAUCUGUUAAAAAAGAUAACGAAGGUGGUGAAGUUGGGCCUAAUAAACCUAACUUUAACACAACAGAUGAAGAUUCUAUGGUUGUGCAACAUAUACUAUGUUCACGCAUAGGAAAAAGAGAAGUUAAACCUGUAGUUCCAGAAGUGAAAACUGAAACAUCCACUGAAAAGAACGAUAGUAGUGUAACUGAUUCGAAGACUAAAGAAGGAGAAAACGAAUCAAAAGAAGAGACCUCUGAAAAAGAAUCAGUCUCAGAAACAAGUAACAAGGAUGAAGAUGAUACCGAGACUUCUGAAGAUAAAAGUAUCAGCGAUGUAAAAGAUAAAAGUAAAAGCGAAGAAACAGUUACAGAAUCUAAGCAAGAAAAUGCCGCAGCAGAUGUAAAACCUCAAAUAAUAGAAAUUGAAGAAUAUUUUGUUAAGUAUAGAAAUUUUUCAUAUUUACAUUGUGAGUGGAGGACCGAAGAAGAAUUAUACAAGGGUGAUAAACGAAUUCAAGCCAAGUUAAAAAGAUUCAAACAAAGACAACAACAAAAUACUAACAUUUUUGAAAAUACCGAGGAUGAUCCAUUUAAUCCAGAUUUUGUAGAAGUAGAUAGAGUGCUUGACGAGGCAACGCAUACCGAUCCAACAACUGGAGAAACUUUAAAACAUUAUUUAGUCAAAUGGCGAUCUCUUCAAUAUGAAGAUUCCACUUGGGAAUUGGAAGAAGACGUUGAUCCAGAAAAAAUAGCCCAAUUUAUAAAAUUUAAUAAAGUACCUCCUAAGGAUCAAUGGAAGCCAAAAAAGAAACCAAAUUCAUCAGCAUGGGUAAAAUUAGAGGAAUCACCAAUUUAUAAAAACAAUAAUAGUUUACGGCCUUAUCAACUGGAAGGUCUUAAUUGGUUGCUUUUUUCCUGGUAUAAUGGACAUAAUUGCAUUCUUGCGGAUGAAAUGGGUCUGGGAAAAACAAUUCAGUCUUUAACAUUUGUGGAUGCAGUAUACAAGUAUGGAAUUCGUGGACCAUUUUUAAUAAUAGCACCACUUUCGACUAUUCCAAAUUGGCAACGUGAAUUCGAAAGUUGGACGGAUAUGAAUGUUGUAGUGUAUCACGGAUCUGCAGCAAGUCGAACCAUGCUUCAAGAGUACGAAGUUUAUUAUAAGAAUGAAAAAGGACAACAAAUUAAAGAUCUAAUCAAGUUUAAUGUACUGAUAACUACAUUUGAAAUAAUUAUAACAGAUUUUAACGAAUUACGGGGUUAUAAUUGGAGAAUCUGCGUUAUAGACGAAGCUCAUAGAUUAAAGAAUAGAAAUUGCAAGUUACUCGAAGGUCUCAGACAAUUAAACUUAGAACAUAGAGUUCUUUUAUCUGGUACACCUUUACAAAAUAAUGUCAAUGAACUUUUUUCAUUAUUGAACUUUCUCGAACCAGUACAGUUUUCUAGUAGUGAAGCAUUCCUUAAAGAAUUUGGUAAUUUGAGUAGCGAAAGUGAAGUCCAUAAGCUACAACUUCUUUUGAAGCCAAUGAUGUUACGUCGACUCAAGGAAGAUGUAGAGAAAUCUUUAGCUCCAAAAGAAGAAACAGUAGUAGAGGUGGAAUUAACAAAUAUUCAAAAAAAAUAUUAUCGCGGUAUCCUAGAAAGGAAUUUUUCUUUCCUUGCAAAAGGAACCACGUCAGCUAACAUUCCAAAUCUCAUGAAUACAAUGAUGGAAUUAAGAAAAUGCUGUAUUCAUCCAUUCCUACUUAAUGGCGCAGAAGAUCAAAUACAAUUGGAUUAUAAAACUGGCGAAAAAGAAGAUUCAGAAGCUUAUUACCACGCAUUGGUAAAUAGCUCUGGAAAAAUGGUAUUAAUUGAUAAAUUAUUGCCGAAACUUAAAGCCAGCGGUCAUAGAGUAUUAAUAUUUAGUCAGAUGGUGAAAUGUUUAGAUUUAUUGGAAGAUUAUUUGCUGUAUAAAAAGUAUCCAUACGAAAGAAUUGAUGGUCGAAUUCGAGGAAAUUUAAGACAAGCUGCCAUUGAUCGUUACAGCAAACCUGAUUCUGAUAGAUUCGUUUUUCUUCUUUGUACCAAAGCAGGAGGUCUUGGAAUUAAUCUUACAGCAGCAGAUACUGUGAUUAUAUAUGAUAGCGAUUGGAAUCCACAAAAUGAUUUACAGGCUCAAGCUCGUUGUCAUAGAAUUGGACAACAAAAAAUGGUGAAAGUGUAUCGAUUACUUUGCCGAAAUACUUAUGAAAGGGAAAUGUUCGAUAAAGCUUCUUUAAAACUUGGAUUAGAUAAAGCAAUUUUGCAAUCUAUGAAUACCAGUCAAGGUGGUAAAGAUCCUAGUAAUAAGCAGUUGACUAAAAAGGAGAUAGAAGAUUUAUUAAAGAAGGGUGCUUAUGGUGCUAUUAUGGACGAUGACAAUGCCGGAGAUAAAUUUUGCGAAGAAGAUAUAGAACAAAUACUCGAACGAAGAACACAAAUUAUUACAAUCGAAGCCGAAAAAGGAUCAACAUUUUCAAAAGCUAGUUUCGCAUGUUCAUCUAACAGAUCAGAUAUAAAUAUUGAUGAUCCAGAUUUUUGGAAGAAAUGGGCAAAAAAAGCUGAAAUUGAUACAACAGAGAAAAAAGAAGAGGAUGAACUAGUAAUAUCAGAACCAAGACGAAGAACACAAAUUAAACGAUACGGUCAUGACGAAUCUGUCGUCAUGUCAGAUCUUGAUAGUUCAGAUGAUAAUAGCGACGAUGAAACAAGUAGUGGGUUAACAGGUAGAGGUAAAAAACGGAGAGAUAAAUUUGGUAAGAAGACACGGAAAUUCUGCGACGAAUAUGUCCCACGAGAAGGCGAGGUGGUAUAUGGAAGUUGGGCACGAAGCGAAUGUUUUAAAGUAGAACGAGGCUUACUCACAUUUGGAUGGGGUCGAUGGGAAGAGAUUCUUCAACAUAGUCAAUUUCGUCGAGGAUGGCGUGAAGUUGACGUUGAAGAUUGUGCACGAGUCAUUUUACUCUAUUGCCUUCGUUACUAUCGUGGCGAUGAAAAAAUUCGUAACUUUAUUUGCGAUCUUAUUACGCCUGUAGAAAAUGGAGAAAAAAUCAAAACUAUGUGUAUCAAUACUAGUGGGAGAAACAACAGGCAAAAGAAAAAGGGUCGAGUCAGAGAGGGUAGAGAAACGCGUGGAUCAAUGAUCAAUGGAGGUCCGAAUGAUCCUAAUCAUUGGAGUAAUGCUGAGAAAUAUGAUGGAGACAUAUUUCUUGAAAGUAAUUACAGAAAACACUUGAGUCGCCAUGCAAAUAAUGCGUUGCGGAUAAACCCUCCACAGUUGACGGAACGACCAGCGAAAUGGUGGGACUCCCAAGCAGACAAAUCCUUAAUAGUUGGCUGCUACAAACAUGGCUACGAGAAUUACGACCAGAUGAGGAUUGAUCCCGCGCUUUCUUUCAUUACAAGCUGCCCUCCCCCUUCCCAGUCUCAGACCAUACAAAAUAACAGCAGCAGCAGAGAUGAUACUAGUUUAGAAAAUGAUAUCGAAGAUGUUGAAUCUCUUGGAAUGAUAAAAGAUUCAAAAGAUUCCGACAAAUUUAAUCGAGAAACACCUACUGAUUCACCUGCUUUACCUAAUAAAGCAGAUACACCUGGGCCUGAACCCAGUAGUAGUCACGAAGGAAAUGACGGUUUGUUAGACGAUGAAAAAACUUGGCCCUCCGUGGUUGAUCUUAAUACUCGUUUACGUCGAGUGAUUUCUUCCUAUCAGCGAACCGUAAAGAAGGAAGAUGUGAAAGUAUUACAAAAAUCAAAGUCAGGAAUGGAAAGUGAUACAACUGUCAAUCAUGCCAGUUCAAUAAACGAACCACCAUUAAAUAUGCAAGGAUGGGACUUGCAACAACUUGCCAUGUACCUAUUGAAAAUGGAAAGAAGGGAAAAAAUGGAAGCUAUGAUAAAAGAGAGAGAGCGAACUCGUAUCGAAGAACAAAAAACAAAAUGGUCACGGCGUGAAGAAAGUGAAUUUUUAAGAGUCGUAUCGACAUAUGGUGUUAAUUAUGAUAGAAAGAAAGCACAAUACGAUUGGACUAAAUUUAAAAGUAUAGCUAGAUUUGAUAAGAAAACGGAUAAUGAUCUUACAGAUUAUUACAUGUCUUUUAGAGCGAUGUGUAAAAAAGUAUGUAAUGCCAAAUUAAAUGACGAGGAUGGUACUAAACACGAUGUAUAUAUCACAGACUUUUCAGACGUUCCUGUUGACCAUCUCAGUCCAGCGAAGGCAAGACAAAUAUUAGAUCGCGUAGAUCUUCUAAGCAAAAUACGCGAAGAAAUUUUGUCUCAUCCUCAUUUGGAAGAACGACUUUCGUUAUGUCAACCAUCAGGUGAUACACCUGACUGGUGGCAACCUGGAAAACAUGAUAAAGAAUUAUUACUUGGAGCAGCAAAGCAUGGUUUAGGGAGAACCGAUAUAACUAUUUUAAAUGACCCUGAUUUCUCAUUUCAUAAACUUUUAAAUAAAAAUAUGUACGGUAACAUUCAGACAUCCAAGAUCUCGGAUAAAUCUGAGAAAGCAAUCAAAAUCGAAAAUAGAGAAGAUAUAUUAAAAUUCGAUAAAGAUGAAAUACUUGUAAAAUUAGAAAAAGGCGAGGGUACCCUGAAAAUCGAAAAAGUGGGUGCAAAGAAAGAUAAAGAUAUAAAUAUCGUGGAGAAACGACCAGAGCAUAUGGAUUUGGAAAAAAGCCAAGUAGAAUUAACCAUUAUCAAGGCUGAAAAUAAAACUGAAGAAAAACCUAUCAGUAAUGCAUUGACUAUUACAACUGUCGCAAGAAAUGUGUCAUCGGACAAAGAAUAUAUUACAAAAAUAAAAACUGAAGAGAAGAACGAAGUAACGAUCGAAUCAAUAAAAAAUGAAAUUUUCAAAACUGAUCAAGCAACAGGAAUCAACAAGGUAGAUGAAACAAAAACAAGUAACGUAACAACGAAUAUUGAAGAAGCAACACCUAUAAAAAUGGAAAAAGAAAAUCAGAGCAAGGAAAAAGAAGCAUCGCCAGAGAUAGACAAAGAAGUUGAAGAAGAAAAACCAAAAGUGUCCCAAAGAACCCAAGAAACGAAUGAAAAAACUUCGUUAGAACAAAAGGAAUCUGUAGAAACGGUAGAAAAAUCAACUGAAAAUAACGAAAAUGUAACGCCUGAAACCGAUAAGGUCAGUGCGAAAGUAGAUGCUCCAGCUGUUAAGGAGGAAAUAGAAAUAACAGAAAGUAAAUCAGCAGAUACGUGCAAAGAUAAAGCAAAAGUGUGCAAAAUCGACGAUAAGUGUAACGUUCAAGCAGCAGAACUCAAAGCAAUGUUUCCUGAUUUGGAAGUUAUUCAACCAUUAUCACGAUUAACGCAAAUCGAUACAUUUGUUCUCCGCGACAAAGCAGUAGAUUACAACGAACCGACUGUUGUGCAACUUCUGUCACACAAUAGUAACAAUGCUAUCAAAUGGCCAAAGGAACAUGCAAUCGAAGCUCGUUUAAUGCACAUUGUACAUGCAAUUGAACACAAAGAAUGGCCUGUAUCUAUAAAUUUUAGCGCUGGCGAUGAAUCAGACGUACUUUCAAAUGAAAAAGAAUGUUCAGAAGUUAUAACCAUAACUACAGAUCAUGGAAUAUCACGUAACACAACAAGUGGAAAUAAUAUCUCACAAUCUAAAAAACGAAAGAGACAUAUUGCUAUCGACGUAGAAACCGAAAGAGCGAAACUUCAUGCAUUAUUAAAUAGCAGUAGUCAUACAGUUGCUCAAUCACCCGCGACCACUUUAAGCAAACCUGCCGUGUUGUCUGGAUCUAAUACGUGGGAAAUAAACGACGAAUCACAAUCGGAAGAAUCGAGACGUUCGACGCCAGUUCAACCACCUCCGGCACACCAGCAAACGCGAACGCAAAAUAUACCUUUUGAUUUAAAAUAUACAGUUCCUGGAAAACCAACCGUGAUUCCUGGGACUUCAAGUACUUUAACUCCCAUAGAUUUAUCUGCCGGAUAUCCAAAAACAAGCACAGAUAACAAUAAAGAUAUUAUGAACGAGGUUCAAGAUUUUUCAAUGCCAAAUAAGAACAAACAAAUUAGCAGUAACAAAGGGAAAUUAGACAGUAUGUUGGACAAAUUGAUGAAAAGAAAAAAUUGCCCAACGGACGAACCUGUAAUCGGAAAGGAGAAAAAGCGGAGAAAGCUCGACGAGAUAGUAUUGGGAUUAAGCGCAGCAAAAGAACAACAAAGUAGUCACUAUCCCGAACAUAGUAAAAAAAGUACAAUUACACCAAACGUAACUGUUACUCCAACUUCAGCACCGAUAGGGCUUCCAAAUCCCCCAACAAGUAGUCAAAAACCGUUUUCCAUUACCGUCACUUCGAUUCCUUCUUCACGGGCAUCAAAUUCGACUUCUGGUUUACCACCUCCGUCAUUACAUUCGCAUAAAGAUAGUUUUUCUUCUUUACUUGUUCAAGCAGAGCAACAAAAUCGUGAAUUUAAAAAACAACAGCAACAUCAACAACAAUCUCAGCAGCAGCAACAGCAGCAGCAGCAACAACAACAACAGCAACAAUCAAAUUUCAAUUCAACGCAUUCGUCGUCAGCAGCUAGUCAUAAAAAGAGUUACGAAGCAAUGAUCGCAGAUAUCAAUAAAGUCGCUGAAUAUUCUUCUAAAAUCGGAUCUUACUCUCACGAGGCUAAAGUGAAUAAAUGGUUAGCCGAGCAAACUGCCAUGUCCGAACAAUUAGGCGCGGAAUAUUUAAAUGCACCGAGACGAAGACGACCGCGCGUCGAUCCAUCUUUAUUAGAUUGGAAAAAAUUAACCGGAGAAGAGAAUGUCGCUGUAAUUAAUAGACUAACGGGCAAAAAGGUUACAGGCAGUAAAGCGCCACAAUUAAAACGAUUAGGUCAAUGGUUGAUCGAGAAUCCAAUGUUCGACGUUGAUCCAAAAUGGGCAGAACUGGUUAAAGAGCGCGGAAACCUUCCACACGAUUUACAAAAAAGAUUGUCAGGAAAUGACAGAAGUUACGUUAACAAGGGUAAAAGCCCAGGAAGACCUCCUAUGAUGCCAAGUCCUACCAGUCAACAGUCUACGAAUCAAGCUAAUCUGGCAGCUACGUCGAUGGCUUCGGGUUUAAACUUCCCUUCGCUGGGUAAUUUAAACAACUCUCUUUUAUCCGGCCUUUCUCUUGGAAAUUUCGAUCCAAAAAACAAUCCUCUUCUAAUGCCGUUUGGCGGUUUACCCAAUCUGGGUGCAUUGAGCGGACUGGGAAAUCUGAGUAACCUAAGUAACAUGAGUUUAACGAAUUCCUUAUUCGCAAAUCUUGCCGGUCUUGGUUUACCAUCGUUAGCUGGUAUGGAAGCUGCUUUAGGCGCAACAGCAACCAGCACAGCAGCCGAAACCAAUCCUGUUGUCAGCUCUGUCAGUAGCAAGAAUACAGGUUCGAGUAAUAUUAGCAGUGCUAGUAAAUCAUCUCGCGGUAAAUUGGAGCCUCCUACGAGUAAAUCUACGGUGCCUUCAACUUCAUCAGCAUCUUCCACGAUAUCAACAACGACGCCAUUCCCCUUCUUUUUCCCAAACCCCAGUCUUUUGUACACACCGUUGGGUUUGGGUGGAUUAAAUCCAUUCUCAAUGCAACCUGGUGGAGUAUCAUCGGCCUACGAAAGUCUCGCCCAAUGUGGGCUUUUAAAUCCAUCCACUUCGAGUGCCUCGGCAGUGCGUAAACCUGCGUCUUCAGCAAGUAACUCGAGGCAACGCGAUACAAUUACCGAAUCAACGAGUAAACGAAAGGAUACAGAGAAGAAAUCUAGGUAUUCUAUCGACCCUGCGAUAACAUUGCAGCAGUACACGGAUAUGACGUUGCACAAUGAAGAAAGACGAAAAACAGAACCAGAAAAACGGGAGAUCUUGGAACAGAACGACGUGGCAGAUCUUUCCGAAAGACGAAUAGAAAGGAAAAAUAAAGAACAAGAGAUGAAAGAAGCGCUGGAACAUUUAAGCAGAACUAGCGCAGAACUUUUAACAAGAAAUCUAGAAGACCAACGACCGAGCGAGAAAAGAAAUCGCAACGCAGAGCACAAUCAGAGUUCAGAGCAACAAACUUCAAGCAUGCUCGAAGUAACUCUCGAGCCUGUCAACAAGAAGCCAAGAAUCGAAAUUGAAGUUGGUACACGGCCGAUUGCUGCGACGACUACGGCAACUUCGGCGGAUGUAACAACAGUCGAAGUAGAACAUGGAAGUACGCGACCAUCAAGCACAACGAUCAAACAACCAAGUUCCGCAGAAGAGAACACAUUCAGUGAAACAUCUUUGAGCACUGGUAACAAAAAAGAAGUUGACGAGACGGCUACCGCGGUGACAACAAGCGUUUCGACUGCAGUUACGGUUCCAGUUGCAUCUACCGCUAUGCCUACGUCCACACCCACACCACGUACACCAACGCCUACAUCUACGCCUACAUCUACGCCUACAUCGACGCCUACAUCGACGCCUACACCUACACCUACACCUACACCUACACCUACACCUACACCUACACCUAUACUCACACCUACAUCCAUGGUUACACCUACAUCUACAACGUCGAUAACAACAGAAGAUGCAACAACCUCGCAACAGAACACUACCAACAAUACUACCAAAAACGAUGCGUCGAAACUUGCGUCGGAAACAGAAGAAGAUAACAAAGGUACUAAGGGGAAGAAAGCACGAAGUGGAAAGCGACCAAGUAUAGAACCCCCUCCAGAACGAAAGAAUCUUCGUUCCAGUGCCGGGCGGCAAGCGAGAGCAGCAGCAGAACGGCAAGCAAGAAUGGAAGGUGAACUGCAAUCAGAUCAACAAGACACUCAUACGACAAACGACAGGAUCAACGACGAAUACCGCUCUGGCAGUCAUUGGUAUACCAUGAUCAUCGACUUCCGCAGGAUCCAACAUUCCCAAUAAAGUGGCGAGUUUUCGCGUUUCGUCCUCCACUAUCGGGUACGGAAAUUCCUUAUCGGUCAUUUCGGCGUAAGCCUUUAUAUCCUAAAAAACGAUCGUGUCUUUUCAAUAUUGCCUUCUUUUUUCUUUCCAUCGGGGUAGUACAUAUCCCGAAUAGGAAGACAACGUACGGAGAAACGUACUUCUAUCCAUUUUCGAUGGGAAUCUACCGAAUUACAAGAUAGCGCGAUAACUUUCACGCCGAGCUUUUCAAAUUCUGGCAUCAAUUUUAACACACGAGCCAAUUCCGUUGUACACACCGGCGUAAAGUCACUCGGAUGAGAAAAUAAAAUCCCCCAUCUGUACGAAACGUGAAUUGAUCUUUUGUAAUUUCAAUAAAAUUUUACGUUUCGAGAAAACGUUUUACGUUCGCGACACGAAUGACGCAAAACGAAUAGCGAAUAACGUGUACAACACACGUGCACAUACACGUCAGUAUAUAUCACUGUAUCAUUAAAAAAUAUAUAUUAAAAAAUGUAACAGAAAAAUAUUAAAGGUUAUGUCGUAAAAGUGUCUUACGAAUCAGCUAGCCAUUCGUGAAAAUUAAUCGGACCCAUUUGCGUAUCAGCUAUAAAAUUUGGAAACGUUUCACCCAACAAGACCAUUUUAACAUUUACAAAGUAUCUUUAAAUUAUUAAUCACUAUUUCAAUUUCGUUCGGUAAAUCGGGUAUAUCCAGGUAAACGCGUAGACAACAAGGAAACGCGACUGACAACAAGAGCGUCGUUGAUCGUACAAUUUGAAGUAUGCUCAGAAAAUACAAAAAAACUUCAACUCGAUACUUUCAAGUCAAUUUAUACGACACUUUUCGUACAUAAAUAUCGAUCGAUCUAACGAUCAAUUUCGUCCGUUUAUCGUCCGUUCAUUUACAUUCAAUUUCAAACUUGAAUCUUUAUCUUUACAAAAAAUAUUUACAAACUUUCAACGCAGGAUUUAGAAAUCUCCGUCAAUCAAAUAUCAAACGUUCAAACAAUCGUUCAACGUACAACGAUAAUUCUGAUUUCUGCGAUUUAAAACACAGCAGAUACGAAGACGUAGAACGAAAUCAAACAUCGACCAAACCAAAUAUAAAAAUAUAUCGUCGUAUUCUAACACGAGUACCGUAGUUACCAUAAAGUUUUUACGCUACAUUCACGAUUACAAGAUAUUUGGGAUCUACGGCUUCGAUAACGUUUCUUCGAUCCUUUUACAUCCAACAUCAUCUAGUUUUGUCAAAUCCUCAUAUCCUUGGAAACGAGACAACGGCAACGCGCAGUUACAACGAUAGGGUUAUUUUGCGCUUUAUCCACGGUACCGUACUCGCUACGUAGUAACUUUUGUACAUUCGAAUCACUGCAGCCUCGAACGCGAGUGCGGUGUACGGGGUACAGGGUGAUCGUAAAGAUAUAGCAUAACUUUCAAAAAUGUGUACCAGACUCUCUUCAAAUUUUAUCACUGUCGCAACUAAAUUUCAUUCGAACAUUUUCGUUCAACCAGUUCGUAAAUUCACAGUAUCACGAUUCAGAUAUCUCGUACAAACGCACGUACCAACAACACGAGGUUAUAGCUCUAGCACGUACUCGGUGAGUAAACACUACGAAAAAUUAGACGAAGAGAAAUUAAACGAUCUGCUGAAAGAUCCGAAAUACAAAGCUUUGUACGAUACUUUGAGUUUAGAGAUAGAGUACACAAAGUAUGAAACGGGAAAAGUACCUUCAAAAUUAACCGCGGCAAAUUGGUUAUAUCUAUUGAAAACAACAACAAAAGGAGAAAAAAGAUCUUACAUAAAUUUUCUUUUCAAAAUAGAAAAGAAAGAAGAAAAUCAAAAGCAGAAAUCCAAAGCGAAAGCUGAAAGAAAAGAAAACGAAAGAGCAGACGACGAAGAUAGGAGGGUAUACGGAUUGGGUAAAUGCACGUUAUUUCAUCGCAUAGUUGAAACGACGAUGAAUAAUUUUUACAACGGCAGACUGAUAAGCGCUAUGUUGCACGAGCCGGCAUUAGUAUUCGAUCUUGGUUUCGAAGAACAAAUGUCUCAACCCGAGGUAUCGAAUUGCGCGAAACAGCUGUUGAUCUCAUUCUCGACAAAUCGGCAACACGUCGAUCCCUUCAAUCUAUAUUUUUGCAACGCCGAUAAAAACGGCGAUCUUAUGAAAAAAUUACACAAAACAGUACCAAGUAUGUACAAUCUGGAAUUUCCAUUGAACAUCACUUCAAAAUCCUAUUUGGAAAUAUUCGACAAGAAGAAAUUAGUAUACCUUAGUCCUCAUUCCAACGAAGUCAUGACACGCUAUAAUCCCGAGCUGGUAUAUAUAAUCGGAGCGAUAGUAGACAAGAGACACGCUCUACCAAUUUCAUAUCAGAAAGCCAGGAGGGAAGGUAUCAAGACGAUGAAGUUUCCUUUGAACGAAUUAUUGAAUUGGGGAACAGGAUCUUCGAAAAAUCUUCCUUUAAACCAAGUUCUUUCCAUCAUGUUGGAUCUAAGACAUACCAACAAUUGGGACGAAGCAUUUGAGAACGUACCUAAGCGAAAAUUACAGGAAUCGAAGGAACGGGUCAUGAAAAAGAAAUGGACGAAAAGCGCAACAAGCUUGCAACGUGCAAAAAAUUCAGAGUUCCCGAACAAAGAAAAUAACGAGAGACUCGAAUCUUGUCGUAAAUUCAAAAUAAGAUAAACUUUCAAACGUAAAUUAUUUUACAGUUAUCAAUUUCAAUAAAUAAAUGGUUUUUAUUCGCGUUGUUCGGAAGACAGUUCUUGGAACGUACUUGACGCGAUACUACAUAAAAGUAACGAUACGUACACACAUACGCGAUAU